AUGUCCAAGCCGAUCCAGACGUCGGACAUCAUCUUCCCAGAGCUGUCGACGGAUUUCUCCACAACUCUUUCCACGCUCAAGCGGGCUACGCUGUCCAUCUCCAACCGCCUGCGGUCCAUCUCCGAGGAUGCCGACUUUGUGUGCGAGGUAGCCGAUGCGUACCGCCGGCCGCUGGUGGCCAACGAGCGCUGUGGCAGCUGGUACAUCCCGCCGGAUCGCAAGGCUGCGAGCGCCUAUUUCAAGAGCACCGACGGCCACACCGGCGAGUGGUCUUUCAGUCUGAGACGGCUCAACAUCCAGGUGCUCGAGGUCGUCGGCGCGAAUGACGGAUGCAUCAUUGUAGACUCCACCAGACGAGGCAAGAGAAUGCCCGACGCCCUCUCCAAAACCGUCCCCAUCUGGUGCGCCAUCUGGAACGCCCUCCUCUUUCCCCCCUCCACCUCCACCUCUCCCUCUCCCUCUCCCCCCAACAACAUCCCCCUCCACCUCCCCCCCACCACCGUCUCCGCCUCCGAACACGCCCAAAUCGCCUCCCUCCUCCCCUCCUUCCUCGCCUCCGCCCGCGCCCUCAACCUCCCCCUCGCCCGCCUCCGCACCCUCGUCAAGAAGCCGCUGCGACCGCUCUGGGUGACGCGCGACUCGCCUCUUCCACCACCACCACCGACACAUCACCACCACCCCGACGACGAAAACGACGAAAACGACGAAAACAACGACUUAUCCUUCCCCGCCUUCCACCCCGUCGUCCUCUGCACCGCCAGCCGGCGCGUGCCCGGCGGCGAGGCGAGCGAGGCCGGCUACGUGCAGGGCGCGGGCGACGACGCCGAGGGCUGGGCGCGCGGGCUGACGCCGGGCUUGUUUUGGGAGAAUGCGGCGGCGCUGCUGGGGGCGGCGGAGGGGGAGUUGCCAGCGUUGGUUGGGGGGUUGGUUGCGGACGCGGCGGCGACUGCUGGUGGUGGUAGUGGUGGAGGUGGUGGGGUUGAUGCGGUAAGGAUGGCGCCGGCGGGGUGGGUGUGGGUUUGUGCGGCGGAUGCGCUGAGGGGGGAGGAUCGGGCGAGGGGGCGGUUCGAUGCUGUGAUUGAGUGCGGUGGCGGUGCGCCGGACGAGGCGGUGAUGGCUGGGAGGGAGUUCAAGGACGGCGGCGGCGGCGGCUAUCUGCAUCUCAGGUGUGGGACGGGCAAGCUGGGGAGCCGCGACCUGCGGAACGAGAUUUCGAAGAUCGAGGCCUUUGUGCGGCGCCGUUGCUUGCCGGGGGAGGAGGGCAGCCCCAAGAAUCUGGCCAUCUGCUGUCCGACGGGCAAGGACCUCUCCGUCGGCGUGGCGCUGGCCGUGCUGUGCCUGUACGCGGACGACGAGGGCCACCCCACCACCUCCGCCCAGCCCAUCACCAAAGCCUUCAUCCGCCAGCGCCUCAGCUGGAUCAUGACCGCCUUCCCCGCCGCCAGCCCCUCGCGCGCGACCCUGCAAUCCGUCAACGCCUUCCUCUUCUCCUACGAUCCCCGCGCCGAGUCCAACAACACCUGCAACCCCCGCGGCCCAGUACAACCACCACCAAUUAAUAGUACAGCGCCGGCGCCAGCGCCACUCCACCCACCACCCACCUUCUCCAAAACCUUCGCCGCCCUCGCCACAACAACCACCCCAACAACCACCACCACCGGCGACAACCACCAACAACAGCAACAGCCCAGCCGCCCCUGGUCCCUCACCCGCACCCUGACCUCGCGCCUCCCACCCAGCCGGGGCGGCACGCCGUCCGCCCGCUUCACCGGCACCGCGACCUUCACUCCGCGCGGGGUGCCGGUGCCGGUGCCGGUGUCUUCGCCGCCGCAUUCGCCGCAUUCGGCGACCGCCGCCGCAUCCGGAUCCGCCGCGAGCGAGCUGUUGUACGCAGAGGAAGGGGUGCUGGCGAUCGAGGACGAGGCGACGGGGCGGACGGGGGUGGAGAUGGCGGCGGGGCGGCGGUAUGUGUGGAGGUAUGAGGGGGGAGGGGGAACAGGAGGGGGAGGGGGAGGGGGAGAAGGUGGGGAGAGGGUUUCGAUUUGGUUUGUCAAGGUGGGGGAUCAUGAUGAUGAUGGUGGGGUGGAAGUGGAUUAUCUGUUUUUGGAUAUGGAGGUUCAGGUGGAUGGUGGGGAGGGGGAGGGGGAGAGGCUCAGGGCGAAGGGGAGGCAUCCGUGCGGGGAGGAUGUGUAUGAUGCGGAGUUUGUGUUUGGUGGCGGUGGUAGUGAAGGGGGAGAGUGGAUGGUGGUGACGUACGUUGUCAAGGGCCCGAAGAAGGAUUAUGUCAGUGAGACGAGGUAUACGCGCGGGUGA